AUGAUGAUGAGUGAGCUGAAUGUAGAUGCGUACUUGAACCCCCACAUGGGGGCUAUGUUCUGGGAGACUGAAGAAGCUGUGCAAGAAGGCUCCAGUCAGAGGGAGAAAUACAGCCCACAAAUAGAAAGCCUUCAUCCUGAGAGUGCCCGCCAGCACUUCAGGAGCUUUUGUUAUCUUGAAGCACCUGGGCCACUAGAAGCUGUUAACCAACUUCAGAAAUUAUGCAAUCAGUGGCUGAGGCCAGAGACCCACUCAAAAGAGCAGAUCCUGGAACUGCUGGUGCUAGAACAGUUCCUGACCGUUCUUCCCAGGGACAUCCAGAACUGGGUGCAGAAGCAUCAUCCACAGAAUGUUAGACAGGCUGUGGUCCUGGUAGAACGCUUGCAGAGAGAACCUGGUGGAACAAAGAAUGAGGUCACAGCCCAUGAGCUGGGAAAGGAGACAGUGCUCUUGGGAGGAACAGCAGUGGCCCCAGGCUUCAGGUGGAAGCCAGCAGAGCCCCAAGCAAUGGGUGUGUUCCAGAAAGAAUGUUGCAAUAUAUACCAGGUACUUCAAGAACUGCUGGGCUGGCAUACUCACAAAGAAACCCAGCCUGUAUAUAAAAGAGCUGUGCAUACUCCACAGAUUUUAGCCCUUUCUGAGCAGAAAAGCAUCAAAGACUGGAAGAUGGCAUCAGAGCUCAUCUGGCCUGAGUCCCAGAGUUUGUUGACAUUUGAAGAUGUGGCUGUGUAUUUUUCCGAGGAAGAAUGGCAAUUGUUGGACCCUUCUCAGAAGACCCUCUACAAUGAUGUCAUGCAGGAUAACUAUGAGACUGUCAUCUCUCUAGGGUUAAAGCUCAAAAAUGGCACUGGAAAUGAUCAGCUUAAAUCUGUUUCUCCAUCAGAAAUACAAGCACCAGGAUGCAAAGUAUCAAAGAAGACCAGAGUGAAAGUUGUCCAGAAAACAAUGGGCAAGGAAAAUCAUGAUGAUAUAUACAGGGUACAGAAACAGGGUCGAGCUUUACCAAGGAAGAAAAGAAAGAAACUUUCAACUUGCAAACAAGAGCUUCCAAAACAUAUGGAUCUUCACAGGAAAGGAUACACAGGAGAGAAACCUUUUAAAUGUCAGGAAUGUGGGAAAAGCUUCAGAGUUAGCUCUGAUCUUAUUAAGCACCAGAGAAUUCACACUGAAGAGAAGCCCUAUAAAUGUCAACAAUGUGAUAGGAGGUUUAGAUGGAGUUCAGAUCUCAAUAAGCACUUCAUGGCACAUCAAGGAAUAAAACCAUAUAGAUGUUCAUGGUGUGGGAAAAGCUUCAGUCACAACACAAAUCUACACACACACCAACGAAUUCACACAGGAGAGAAGCCUUUUAAAUGUCAAGAAUGUGGAAAAAGAUUUAUUCAGAACUCUCACCUUAUUAAACACCAGAGAACUCACACAGGUGAGCAGCCUUAUACUUGUAGCAUGUGCAGGAGAAACUUUAGCAGACGUUCCAGCCUUCUUAGACACCAAAAACUCCAUAGGAGUAGGGAAGCAUGUUCAGUGUCUCCAGUCUGAAAAAAAGUGACUAUAUGGAAUAACAGAAAUGAUAAAGGAAUUCAAAAUUAUGAGACAUCCAAUGAUAGGAAACCGAUUAUCAACAGAAAGUUUGGGAGAGGUUUAUGUUCUGCAUCACAGAAAGGAAUCUAAGCUAUCUCUAUUAUUCAGCAUUGUAUCUUCAGUGCCUAGCACAAGACUGGUACCUAAUGAGUACAUUAUAAAUAAAAGUUUGAAAAUAUAGGUAUCAGAUACAUCAAUAGCUAUUCAUUUAUCUAAUU